AUGGCAAAGAAUCGAACAACGCCUUCUUUCUUGCUCUCGGUGGCAGCCGCUUGUGUGGCUAGCUGGCUUUUGCUGGUGGCUGGAGAUGCGUUUGUGAGCCCUGCACCCACAUCCGUGCACCUUGCGGCCCACACGUGGCAGGUGAAGCAGGCUGCCUUCCCUGCAAAUGGUUCCACGAUUGUGUCUCCUGAUCAGAAAGCAAGCCUUUUCAGGACGGCUGCCGCUGCAUCGCUCCUUUGCCUUGCCGCGGCACGCUUGAUCAAGGGCAAGUGGAAGCCAAGAGCGUCUCCAGUCCGUCGAGCUGUCAUCUCACUCAACGCCGCCGGCGCCAAUGCUGCCAAUGGUGGAGAGCCUGCAGUGACAGCAAAGGACACAAGGAACACAAAGAACACAAAGAACACAACACAAAGCCUGCCCUACAAAGUUGCAAAUGCGGCACUCGUGGAUGUUUGCCCCAACAUCCCGAACAUCCUCAGCCUUCCGGAGAUCUUGGAGCCUUCCCUCGCUGUCCCUGACUCCCGUACCGUUGCCACACAGGCAACCGUUGCCACGCCGGCAACUCCCACAUCUACAACGUCUGCAACGUCUGCGACAUCAGCGAAGAGCUUCGCCUGCCUUUGCGGAAAGCUUGGCUCUGCUCGACUGGUGGCCGGCGCUCGCCAUGCCCAGCACCGACAUGCCCGGUGUUUUUCAGGCAAAGCCGCCCGGCGUGCAGUUGGUCGUCACCUUUGCGAGCGUGUGGUGGCACCUGUCUUGCCUUCGAGCUUCGAUGCCAGCAAGACCCGCACAAAGAUCCAGCUCGGGCUUCGCGUGUCCUCUUGCAUGCGCUCUGAGUCGGGCCGUGAGUCGAAGCUGUCCUCGGGCGUCGAAGGGUCAGAAAUGGGCACAUGCCUUAACUUUGUAGCACAUGAUUUAAAGGUAUACAUGCUAGAUCAUGGUUCUGCACUGACUGCUACUGCUUCUGACCCGAGAGUUAGAGCUGCAGCUCAGCUGCUCCGGAAGCAUGGGAUGUGA